AUGGUGCAGCUAAGCUCUACGCUUUGCGUCGUCGCAUCGCUUUUGGCAGCUCUGCCAGCCAAUGCAGAUGGACUUUAUACUAAGAAAUCUCCGGUUUUGCAGCUCAAUCAGAAAAGUUACAAACAACUGAUUGCUAACUCGAACUACUCCUCUAUAAUAGAGUUCUACGCCCCAUGGUGCGGUCACUGCCAGAACUUGAAGCCUGCCUACGAGAAAGCGGCGAAGAACUUGGACGGACUGGCUAAGGUUGCGGCCGUUAACUGCGACGAAGAUGAGAACAAACCUUUUUGUGGACAGAUGGGUAUACAGGGUUUCCCAACAUUGAAGAUUGUGACGCCUUCCAAGAAACCCGGCAAGCCAAGUGUGGAGGACUACCAGGGCCCUAGGACCGCCAAAGGAAUUGCCGACGCGGUAGUAGAGAAAAUCCCGAACCAUGUGAAGAGACUCACGGAUAAGAACCUUGAUGAGUGGCUCUCCGAGGACGAAGCGUCGCCGAAGGCUCUUCUCUUCACUGAAAAGGGCACAACGAGCGCUUUGAUCCGCGCCCUCGCGAUCGACUUUUUGGGUAGCGUUAAAGUGGCCCAGAUCCGUAGCAAGGAAUCGGCUGCGGUUGAGAAGUUUGGUGUCACCGAGUUCCCAAGCUUGGUUUUACUUCCGGGUGAUGGGAAAGAGCACACAGUCUACGAUGGUGAACUCAAGAAGGGCCCGAUGGUCGAGUUCCUUAGCCAAGCAGCGUCUCCCAAUCCUGAUCCUGCACCCGUUUCCGAAAAGGCGAAGGGCAAGUCAUCCAAGUCCGGCGAGUCCUCCGAGGCUGAAGAAUCCGCUGCUGAGUCCAAGCCCUCGGCCUCAGCUCAGGCACCCCCUCAAGCACCCGCUAUCCAUGCCUUUGAAACUCCUGAGGCUCUGGAAACCGCCUGCCUCGCACCCAAGUCUGGCACUUGCGUUCUUGUACUGGUUCCAGAGUCUGCUGAAUCAGAGGCAGAGUCCGCUGGUCCUGCCAAGGAAGUACUUGAGACUCUCGCACAGGUUGCGUAUAAGCGCACUGUCCCCACGUAUAACGUCCCUGCGUCAAACGCCGCGGCGAACAUCCUCAAAACUAGCCUUGGCCUAUCUGAGGAUGCGCAGUCAAUCGAGAUCAUUGCGGUAAACGCACGAAGGGGUUGGUGGAGACAUUAUGAUCCUUCGGAGAGUGCAGACUAUGGCCUACACAGAGUAGAAGCAUGGGUUGAUGCUAUUCGUAUGGGUGAAGGGUCUAAGAACAAGCUCCCGGAGGGUAUUGUUGUUACCAAAGACCAGUCAGAGAAGAAGGCUGACCAUGAUGAACUGUAA